AUGAUUGUGAUGAGCAUUGACAGGUAUUCGGCUAUCGUGCAUCCAAUGCGACGACGCCCAGGGAAACAUGCUACCGUGGCUGUGAUUUGCUUGAUAUGGAUUUUUUCCAUUAUCUGUGGAAUCCCGGCAUUUCUUACAUCAAAGGCAAAUAUCAUUGAUUCUUAUAGCUACAUAGUUAAAGACGAGUUCAGAGAAAAUCGGAGCGCCAUAUUCGAAAUGCUCUGCAAUUAG